UUAGGAUCCAAUAUAGACACGACCGUAAACAAAGUGAUGAUUUGCGAAGAUUAAAGCUAUCGGCUACUGUUUCCGUUGAAUAUUUGUUAUUUUAACGAAACAUGUUUUCUGAAAUAUGGUUUGCCCUGAAGGUGACAAUAUGCGUGAUCCAAAACACUUUGAAAGAAUGGGCUGUCUAUUUGUUUUUAUCAAAGAAAUCCGUGAAAGGUAAGAUUAUACUCAUCACGGGCGGUGGCAAAGGCAUCGGCAGACGACUUGCACUGGCGCUGGCAACACAGAAACCCAAACAUGUCAUUCUUUGGGGCCGCGAUGUUGAGUCACUUAAGAAUACGCAGUCUGAUAUACAGGCCAUUGGUGUAGAGGCAACAUACUUCAAGACCGACGUCAGUUCCAGAGAAAACAUUUACAAAACGGCUGAAGAAGUGCAACAAACCAUCGGUCCUGUGAACUUGUUGAUCAACAAUGCAGGUGUCGUUUGUGGGAAACCACUGUUGGACACCACCGACAGUGAGUUUGAGUACAGCUUGAGAGUAAACACUUUGGCUCAUAUUUGGACGAUCAAAGCAUUUCUGCCGUCAAUGCUGGAGUCGGGCGAGGGACAUAUUGUAUGCAUGAACUCCAUCUUGGGCAUGAUGGGCCUGCAUGGGACCGCAGAUUAUACUACCACAAAGUUUGCUCUCACUGGUUUAAUGCAGAGUUUAAUGGUAGAGCUACAGGAGUAUAGGGGCAUCAGCCUUUCUGUGAUACAUCCAUACCAGGUGCAGAAUGAAAUGUUCGCUGGCAUGUCAGUCAGGUUUCCACGACUCUUUCCACCCUUAUCAGAAGAAUAUGUUGUCGACCAGAUUAUGAAAGCCAUACAGUACAGAACAAAACAGUUGAUAUUACCUGCAUAUUUCACUCCAAUUUUGUUCUUCAAAAGUGUCUUACCUGUCUCAGCAAUGAUGGCAACUCAGAGAUUUUUUGGACUGGACAAAGUCAUGGUCAAUUUCAAGCACAAGUCUUCUUGACCGCUGUCAUGUCUCUUCACCACUGACCUGUAUUCCAGUUUUUCAGAGAUGAAUAUCUUAAAGUUAAUUUGUAAUAUUUGUUGCUUGUUAAUUGUAUUUAUUUGUGUUUGUUAAAGGGAUCUUUUCAUGGUUUGGUAAAUUGACAAAAUUGUAAAAAGUUGUUUCAGAUUCGCAAAUUUUCAAUAUAUGCAUCUUUUGACGAUUUAAAACCAUAAAAGUUAUAAAGCGUUGCAACGCGAAACAAUUGAAUAAUUUGGAGAGUUCUGUUGUUGUGGUUAAAUUUUGUGAAACUACGAAGAUUGCUCAUAUAAUGCAUAAAAUACUUUAACCAAGUAUGAUUAGCAGAAUAGCCUAGCGGACCAAUGCGCUUUUACUCCAGGUUACUCCAGGACUCCAGGGGUCACUGGUUCGAGUCAAGCUGUGGCUACUUUUUUUCUCCUAUUUUAAAUUUUAUUCUUGAUUUUUUACUGGAGCUUUUAAGAUCCAAUGUUUACAUUUAUCAAUAUAAAGCAUUUAGUGACUUAUUUCAAAACAUGCCAAAAACUUUGAAAAGGCCCCUUUAAUAGUACAUGUCUAAUAAGCCUGUCUCUUUGAUAAUAUGUGUACCUUUUGUGGUGCUUCUGUUUGAUAUUGUGUUUUAAUGCCCCCUUUUGAAGAAAAGGGGGCAAAUAGUGAUCGGACUGUCUGUCUGUCUGUCCGUCUUUCCGUCACACGUUGCGUUUUGGUUUCGAAAAGUGCUCCUAAUUUCUAUGUCCUUUUAGAUAUAACCUUCAUAUUUGGUAUGCAUAUGUAUAUGAACAAGGCCUUUCCAUACGCACAAAAUUUGUUACCCCUGUGACCUUGACCUUGAACUAGGGUCCGCGUUUAGGUUUGAAAUCUGCGUUUAGGUUUCUAAAAAUGCUCAUAACUUCUAUGCCCCUUGAGAUAUAACCUUUAUAUUUGGUAUGCAUGUGUAUAUGGACAAGGCCUUUCCAAACGCACAAAUUUUUGUACCCCUGUGACCUUGACCUUGAACUUAGGGUCCGUGUUUAGGUUUCAAAAUCUGCAUUAAGGUUUCGAAAAAUGCUCAUUACUUCUAUGUCCCUCGAGAUAUAACCUUCAUAUUUGGUAUGAAUGUGUAUAUGGACAAGGCCUUUCCAUACGCACCAACAUUUUUACCCCUGUGACCUUGACCUUGAACUUAGGGUCCACGUUUAGGUUUCGAAAUCUGAGGUUAGGUUUCGAAAAAAUGCUCAUAACUUCUAUGUCCCUUGAGAUAUAACAUUCAUAUUUGGUAUGCCUGUGAAUAUUGACAAGGCUUUUUCAUACGCUCACAAUUUUUUUACCCCUGUGACCUUGACCUUGAACUUAAGGUCCGAAGUUAGGUUUAGAAAUCUGCGUUUAGGUUUCGAAAAAUGCUCAUAACUUCUAUGUCCCUUGAGAUAUAACCUUCAUAUUUGGUAUGCAUGUGUAUAUGGACAAGGCCUUUCCAUACGCACAAAUUCUUUUACCCCUGUGACCUUUACCUGGAAGUAAGGGUCCGCGUUUAGGUUUCAAAAUCUGCGUUUAGGUUUCGAAAAAUGCUCAUUACUCCUAUCUCCCUUGAGAUAUAACCUUCAUAUUGGUAUGCAUGUUUAUAUGGACAAGGCCUUUCCAUACACACAAAUUUAGGGUCCGCGUUUAGGUUUUGAAAUCUGCGUUUAGGUUUCGAAAAAUGCUAUUACUUCUAUCAAAGCGUUUAUAGGGGGCAUAUGUCAUCCUAUGGUGACAGCUCUUGUUAUCAUAUGCAUGGUUUAUAACUAAAACCAUAACCAAAACCCAAAAUCUUAAAGCAUUUUGCAAAAUGAAAGAUUCUUUAUUUAUGAAAUGGUUUUAAGAAUGUUAACUUUAAUUUUGUUUUUGAAUUUAUCUACCUAGAAAGUCCUGACUAUCGGUACAUGCAGGUACAUAUAAAAUUAAUACAUUAAAAUACAUGUAUAUCAGUGCAUUUAAUAAGUUGUAUAUAUAAAUAGUAGGUAUUUUAAUUAUUUACUUUUAAUGUACAACCCCAUUACGUUUUUGCUUUUUGUUGAGUUUAUGUGUUGUUUGUUGAUUUUUUAAAUACUUCAUACCAACAAGUAUAUUAUUGUUUUGUUGUUUAUACUAAAGUUGGAAAUAUCAUAAUGACAUAAUGUACGUAUUGUUGUUGUAGUUUGAUUGUGAAUAUGUGAGUGUAGCUUUGUUGCAGGUUCAGUAAUUUUUAUGAUAUGACUGAAAUGUUGUUAUUUGGGCACGUUGUCAGCUAACCUUAGCUUUAAGUUAUCAUCAUGAGCUAAUGUGGUAAGUCGACUACUGGCGUCCUGUGUCUGGCAUCGUUCAAUGUCAACUUUAUUAGCUUGAUUGAACUUUCUCAGAAUGUGUAUCUUCUUACAAGAUAUAGGCCAAGUUCAAAACAGGGUCACAUGCGUCCAAAAACUAGCUUACCGAUUUAAUAUGAUAAAAAUAUUGUUACCACUCAUAGAGGCCACACUAAUAAAUCAAUAUUGAUGAAACUUGGUAACACAAAGAUUGUUAUCACUUUAAGAGGCAACAUUUAGGAAUCAAUAUUGAUGAAACUUGGUUAAGAUGUUUAUCUAGAUAUAUCGAGGCUGAAUAUACGUCUGGGUCACAUGGCACUUGCUUCCACUCUAGAGACCACAUUCAUGACUCAAUCUUGACUGUUGAUCAGAUUAUGUUUCGUAAAGAUGUCAAGGCUGUCGAAUUUUGGUGGUGUCCAUACAAAAACUAAGUCACAAAGGUCUCAUCUAAAAAAAACUUGUUGCAAUGUAUUGUGUAUGAAAUUCAAAUAUUUACCACAUGUCUACAUGUGUUGUUUAUUCUGUAAUUUAUAGUUCCUGUUUAGUAAUGUGAUUAUAGCAGUAUUAAUAUAUUUUUAAUUAAAAGUCGCAUAUUGAAUACAUCUUAUUACUGCCGGUUUUGAGUCUAACUGCAUUGAUUAUUUGUCUGUCUCAUUUAUGAUGUGUUAAAAACUUGAAAUUAUAUUUUAAUCUGCCCUGUUAACAUUUAUAAAGUUAUUGCAAAAGCCAAUUGGUGGGAAUAAAUACGUUUUAAGUAAA